ACGCUGCAACCAAAACAUGCCAUGUGUCCAGAGAAACUGGGUGGCAACUGUUUCCUUUUGGGUCCACUUCUUUAAUAUCCUGGCGUUGUGCUAUGGUAGAAAUCCUCCACCGGGCCGUUUUUUCUUCCCUGACAAGAGGCAAGAUCAUUUUAUCAAAACGCUGCAGGAAUACCAGGUGGUCAGCCCAGCAAAAGUCGAUGCAGAAGGACAUUUUCUCUCUUACAGUUUACAUCACCACACCUCAAAUGCUAGAAGAAAAAGAGACUUGAGGCGAAAGGACAACAUGGUGUACUAUAAAAUUAAGCACAAAGAAAAGGAUCUCUUUUUAAACUUGACUCUCCAUCAAGGAUUGUUGUCCGAUCACUAUAUUCUGGAAAGGCGAUAUGGGAACUACACCAGGGCAAAGAUCGUGCCGCAUGCUGGAACCUCCUGUCACUUAAUUGGGACAGUUUUGGAGUCAGAUUCAAGAAACGGGACGGCACUGAUCAGCACAUGCCGUGGGCUAACUGGGUACUUCCGUCUGCCCGAUGGAGAUUACUUCAUUGAGCCAGUGAAGAAAUAUCUGUCCGAAGAAGGGACUUCUCAGCCACAUAUCAUCUACAGGACAGACCUCAUUCAGAAGGCUUUACGGGAACGACGGGACACCUGGGAGAAGAACAAACGGGCGUGCGGAGUGAACGAAACUUUAAGCUUCUUCAAGCAGCAGGAGCUUCGAAGGGAGAAGUGGGAAAGAAACCGCAUCACAACCAAAGCAACCUCCCGGCGCUCUGUCAGCAAAGAACGAUGGGUGGAGACGCUGGUGGUUGCUGACAGCAAGAUGAUUGAAUACCACGGAAGUGAGAAUGUGGAAUCGUAUAUUCUCACUAUCAUAAAUAUGGUGUCAGGCUUGUUCCAUGAUCCAAGCGUUGGCAAUGCAAUCCAUAUUGUGCUGGUUCGCCUUAUUCUCCUUGAGGAAGAGGAGCAAGGACUGAAAAUAGUGCAUCAUGCAGACAAGACACUAGCCAGCUUUUGUAAGUGGCAGAAGAGCAUCAACCCCAAAAGUGAUGCCAAUGCGCUGCAUCACGAUGUGGCUGUUCUUCUGACCAGAAAAGACAUCUGCGCUGGCAUGAACCGUCCAUGUGAAACCUUAGGCUUGUCGCAUCUCUCAGGAAUGUGUCAACCUCACCGGAGCUGCAAUAUCAAUGAAGACUCUGGCUUACCUUUGGCAUUCACGAUUGCCCAUGAACUUGGACACAGUUUUGGUAUCCAGCAUGAUGGAAAGGAGAAUGACUGUGAGUCGGUGGGAAGACGCCCGUACAUCAUGUCCCGGCAGCUACAGUAUGACCCUUCUCCACUCACUUGGUCACGAUGCAGCAGAGAAUACAUCACACGGUUCCUCGACCGAGGAUGGGGCUUCUGCCUGGAUGAUGUCCCAAAGAAGAAAGAUCUGAAGCCGCCAUUCAUUGCUCCUGGUGUGAUCUACGAUGUGCACCACCAGUGCCAGUUACAGUAUGGACCCAAUGCAACAUUCUGCGAUCAAGUAGAUAAUAUUUGCCAGACACUUUGGUGUGCCGUGAAAGGUUCUUGCAGGUCUAAACUGGAUGCUGCAGCAGAUGGAACAAGAUGUGGAGAAAAUAAGUGGUGCUUCUCAGGUGAGUGCAUAACUGUGGGCAAGAGUCCGGAAGCAGUCAACGGUGCGUGGGGAUCGUGGUCAGCGUGGUCACACUGCACACGGACGUGCGGGGCUGGCAUUCAGGCUGCUGAGAGGCAAUGCAAUAAUCCAGAACCACAAUUUGGAGGGAAGUAUUGCACAGGAGAGAGGAAACGCUAUCAUGUGUGUAACAUCAAGCCAUGCCCCAGGUCUACACCAAACUUUCGUCAAAUGCAAUGCAGCGAGUUUGAUACAGUCGCCUACAAAAACGAAUUCUAUCAGUGGAUUCCAAUUUAUAACACAGGUAAUCCUUGUGAACUACACUGCCGCCCUGCAAAUUACCACUUCUCAGAGAAAAUGCUGGAUGCUGUUAUUGAUGGUACGCCUUGCUUUGAAGGAAACAACAGCAGAGACGUCUGUGUUAAUGGCAUGUGUCAGAGUGUCGGCUGUGAUUACGAGAUAAAUUCCAACGCGACUGAAGAUCGAUGCGGCAUUUGCCUGGGAGAUGGUUCUUCGUGCCAGACUGUGAAGAUAACAUUCAAUCAAAGUGAAGGACUGGGAUACGUUGAUAUCGGCCUGAUUCCUGAAGGCGCAAGAAACAUCAGAGUGGUAGAAGUGGCAGAAGCAGGAAAUUUCCUCGCGUUGCGAAGUAAGGACCCAGAAAAGUAUUAUCUAAAUGGAGGGUUCAUUAUCCAGUGGAACGGAGACUACAAAGUGGCAGGAACAGUAUUUCAAUAUGACAGGAAAGGAGACCUGGAAAACCUCACCGCAGCUGGACCCACGAAUGAAUCGUUGUGGCUGCAGCUCCUUUUUCAGGAGAAUAACCCUGGGAUAAAAUACGAAUAUACUGUCCGUAAAGACUGGACCUCUGAAAAUGAAGUGGAAGAGCCAGAAUAUUUUUGGCAAUAUGGCAGCUGGACAGGUUGCAGUGUUACAUGUGGGAAGGGUUUCCAACGACAGACUGCCCGCUGUGUGAAAAAGGGGAAAGGUGUGGUGAAAAACUUAUUUUGUGAUCCAGACACUCAACCCAAUGGGAAGCAAAAGAAAUGCAUUGAAAAGGACUGUCCCCCAAGGUGGUGGGCCGGAGAAUGGCAGAAGUGUUCGACCACCUGCGGCCCAACAGGAGAGAAGAAACGGACGGUCCUCUGCAUUCAGACGGUGGGGCUUGACGAGGAGGCAUUGCCUGCGGAGGACUGCCAUCAUCUGCUCAAGCCGAAGACGCACCUUUCGUGCAACAGAGAUGUCCUGUGCCCGUCUGAUUGGACAGUGAGCAACUGGACUGAGUGUACAGUUACCUGUGGCGGAGGGAUACGUACCCGUAAUGUGACUUGUACCAAAAACAACGGGGAACCAUGUAACAUUUCGAAGAAACCCCAUUCUAAAGCUCUGUGUGGGCUCCAGCAGUGCCCGUCCAUCAGAAGACUGCAGAUACCCCAUUUCAAAGUGCACGGCGGGAAGAUAAUCCGAACAGAAGCCAAUCCCAGAAGAGGCUCCAUGGACAAGAACGCGCUGAAGAAUGAAACUUCCAAGGAAAGGUUGCUGAAUGCCUCUGACUCUCCAGAGGAGCCCAGGGAGUUGGACACUGAUGCUUUCUGGAUGGUGGGGAAUUGGAGUGAAUGUUCCACCACAUGUGGCGUGGGGGCUUUUUGGAGAGCUGUGGAGUGCAGCACCAAGAAUGAAUCCAACUGCCAGCACAUUAAGAAACCUGAUCCAGCCCGAAGGUGCUAUCUUCCUCCUUGUGCCCAGUGGAAAGCUGGAGAAUGGAGCAAAUGCUCCUCUAGCUGUGGAGGUGGCUUCCAGACCCGCGCGGCUUAUUGCAUGGACGUUCGUGACAACAGAGUCCUGAGGCCAUUUCACUGCCAAUUAAGAGGACGCAAGCCACAGCUGAACAUUAGCUGCAAUACAGAGCCCUGUUUGGACUGGCGUGCAGGGGCCUGGAGCGAGUGCUCUGCUUCAUGUGGAGGAGGCGUUCAGCAAAGAGCAGUGCAGUGCAUCAGAGUGGAAGACAACACACCUACGGACCAGGGCAUGUGUGAACAUCACUCCAAGCUUCCAGACUCCCAGAACUGCAACCCAGAAGAGUGCUUGGAAACUACAGGUGUUCCUUGCAGUAAAGACAAACUGUCGCUGACGUUCUGCGAGAGAUUGAGGGGUCUCGGCAAAUGUUCCACGCCGUCUGUCAAAAACCAGUGCUGUGCCACUUGCCGGCGAUCAAGGGCUGUUAACCAAAUGGGACCUCGGAGUCGCCCGCACCUUAAACCAUGA